AGGUUCCUGGUUUCAAACUCAUAACUUUUUUCCUUUCAUCUUGUUAAGGGAAAUAUGACGGUAACAGUCGAAAUGUCGAAAUAUCACGGAAACGAUCAAAACAUUGCAAAAUAGACAAAAUGAUUUGAUUGUGUCGUUAUUUAAUGCAAAUCAGAAUUCUGACUGUCUAGCUAGCACCAUAAUUUAAAGAUGGCUGAUGGCGAUGAAAAUGGAGCCAGGAAGAAAAUGCAGGAGGCUACAGCUAAAUUUUUAGAGCGACGAAAUAGAGAGCAUGAAACGGUUGACACUGAACAUGGACGCAUCGCAAUGCCCUCCCUAUCAAAUAAAUGGCAAACUAUAAUUGAUGAUACACUUAUACCUCAAUUACAACAGAACAAUGAUUCUGCUGUACGAAAAAGAUCAAGGUCUAUCUCACCUGAAGAUGAUGAAGUGAGAAAGCCUAGACCUCUAUCAAUGCCAAAUGUUGCUUCUCCAUUAUCAUUUGAAAUUUAUGAUGCUGCCAGCAAUCAAGAGGAGCCACCAUUAGAAGUGGAAAUGUCACUUCAAGCAGGAGGGUAUGAUGAUCAGCCAGGGAGAUCACAACGUUCAAGACAACCAGCAAAGUUCAACCCUAUAGACCAUCCUAUUGACCCACCCUCCUAUAGUGAGGCUUUGAAAAUAAAUGGAGCACGUGAGUUACCACAAUCACUUCCAGUUUACGGACGUCUAUGGCAGAAGAGCAGACAGUGGAGUAGGGAGGCAGGGAACCAUGAUCCACAUGAACCUAAAGUUCCUACUUCAGAGGACACUAUUGAACCUAAUUCAGCCUCAGCAUCGUUUACUUCUGGAAGACCACUUCCACCUAUAGCUAAAAGUGACAGCAUAGAUGGACUUUCUAAAGAGACAAGGUUUACAGAUAUGGAUACUAUCCCAGAAAGACAACAUUCAUACAGAGCUGCAACAUCAAACUGGAUUCUUCAACCACACCCAUCUGUAACAGAAGAAGAAGCAACAACAAGAACUGAGUUUGAUGUGGAAGAAGGAGGAAGAGACGAAGAAAGGAAGAGAUUUGAGUGUGCUAAUUGUUUUGGAGACAGAUUUCCACGUGUAGUUCGCUAUUUGAAUUCACUAACACUUCAGAAAUUCUUGAUUCUUGUCACCAUAGCAACAGUGAUAAUUGGAUUAAUUCUUUUUGUUGGCAUAUUUCCAGCAAGUUUUGUUUAUGUUGAGUACCAUGAGAUGGCUCUGCUUAAAAACAAAGUCACAGGAACUGUGGACCGAGACACUGUCUAUUUCACAGGAUGUUAUGUUCUAGGCCCUGAUAAAGAAUUUAUACGCUAUCCAAAGUAUGGCAACACCAUCUCUAUGACAACAGAUGUAUUUACUAUUGAUAAACUGGAAAUUACCAUGUCUUUCCAUCUUCAGUAUUAUAUCAGGAGUAAUGAGCUUGGGGAUCUCCACAGACAGUAUGAGCAAGAUUAUAAUGGAGUUUUGCGAAAUGUGGCUAGGAGUGAGAUUAAGAACCAUGUGGGCCAGUUCAGCCUUGAUUACUUCAGACUAAACAGAACUAACCUGGAAAAAUAUAUUUUAAAUUUACUACAGGCAAGAUUUGAGGGUGAUUGUUGUAAAAGCUGCUGCCCAAGCAGUUGUACAAACAACACAGUUUGUGUCACAUGUCUCCCUGCAGAUAAAUGUCACCCAGGUUACCAUGUAGAUAUCAAAUAUUUCCAGUUAACACAGAUAUCUAUCCCAAGUGAAGUCUCAAAUUUGUUUGUUCAGCAGCUGGUUUUACAGGUUGAAGCUGAAAAAGAAUUUUUGGUACAGACUCAUUCGCUGGUACAGAAAGAAACAGAACAACUAACAAAGAAACUGAAAAAUGAAGCAAAUGAAAUAUUAGAGGAAGCACAAGCUAAUUCAUCAAAGAAAAUAACACUUGCUGAAGCAGACCGCGAAGUUAGCUUGACCUCUGCUUAUGUCCAUGGCUUGAAAUAUAUGUACCUAACACUAGGAGUGAACAGUGAAGAACAUCAACUUUCUUUGAUGAUGAUAAGGGCACUAGAAGAUUCUAAUGUGAAGGGCAACUUGUAUAGGGGAUAUGGUUAUAAUACCUCAACUAUUGUUAGUUCGCCUUUUAAUUAGUUAUGUUAUAGCAAUCCUGUCUUAGGGAAUAUGUUAUAAAAACUCCUAUAGAUUAUACUGUAGAAAGAGUUUUUGAAAGAUUGAUAUAGACAGAUUUUGAAAACCAGAAAUUUAUCUAUCAACCAAAAACAUUAUUCUUGAAUGCAUCAAUAUUGGUACCUGUGAAAAUGAAUGAUCUCAUAGGGAUUUCACUUUCUGUGUUAGUUCUCCAUACAUGUGAUAUUGUGUUUGUUGAAGACUAGUAUACCAAAGUAUUUAUUUUUUAAUAGUUUCAGAUUGGAAUGUUUGUAGAAGUUUUGAUAUAUGAUAUAAACUUUCAUGUUUUUUUGUAAGCUCAAGAUUGGUAAAAAUAAGAUUGAAAUGUAUAACAAUUGAUUUCCAUUAUUCUACAACAGCAUUUUGUAUUAAUGUAUUUAUUCUAUUGUUAUACCUGUAUGUUGUUAUUCAUUAGUCCAAGUCUUUAUAGUUGUCCUAUUUUUUCAUGACCAUUACACAUGCCAUUUGUUUUUUUGCCCCACCUACGAUAGUAGAGGGGCAUUAUGUUUUCUGGUCUGUGCCUUCGUUCGUUCGUCCGUUCGAUCGUUCGUCCUGCUUCAGGUUAAAGUUUUUGGUCGAGGUAGUUUUUGAUGAAGUUGAAGUCCAAUCAAUUUGAAACUUAGUACACAUGUGCCCUAUAAUAUGAUCUUUCUAAUUUUAAUGCUAAAUUAAAGUAUUGACCCCAAUUUCACGGUCCAGUGAACAUGUAAAAUGAUAGUGCGAGUGGGGCAUCCAUGUGCUAUGGACACAUUCUUGUUAUUACUGUAUUUUGUUUUAUAUCAAAGAUUCAUUAUCAAAGGUUACUGGUAUUCUCUUUUCCAGUUGCAGUAUAUGUAUAGAAGAUCUCUAUGUUUACUUUAUAUAUAUUUAUGUAAUCAUUUAAUUUGCAUUGAAAUUGCAUUUUUAAUUCUAUCUAUGAUCAUCUAUAACAACACAGCUGCAGUAAAAAAGAGUUUGGUAAGAAUUUUUUUAUAUGGUAUAUAGAUUGUCUGCAGCAGUGUGAGGAUUAUUUUUAGCCUGGUUAAACUUCAAAAUUCGGCAGGAUGAAAAUGUGUUAUCCA